CACAACCCGUGUUAGCACAGGCAGCUUAAGAAACUGGCGGCUAGCAAACUGCUAGUUGUUAGUAAAAGGAGCUUUGCCGUAGUUUUUUUUUUUUUAAACUAGCAUCAGCUUCAUUUGCAUAUUUGACUGGUUCAGCACAAACGAGGCAGACUCACUGGAGUAGCUGCAGUUCAAUGGAGACGCUGUCAAAAACAGCCGCAGUUGAUGCUACACCGGAGAAGGAACCCUGUCCACCACCAAAAGCCAACGGAGUCGUGUCUGAGAGCCUGUCCCUGGCAUCUUACAAAGACUACCCUGCUCACCGGCCCUUCAUCAACACACUUGUGCAUCACACACCCCAAACACGCACACACCACUCCUGUCGUCCACCAUCACCCAGCAAAGCCUUCCCAGAGACCAGCAGUGCAGCAAUCUUAUCUGCCCUGAGGAAUCUCCAGGAGAAGAUCAGGAGGUUGGAGUUGGAGAAAGGCCAUGCAGAGCUCGGUCUGCGUUCUGUGGGAAAAGAAGCAUCACACUCUUUUCUGCAGAAUGAGAAAGUUACCCAGAGACUCAUAAAUAGUCCAACAGACACAGAAAGAGAGAUGAGUAGCCGAUCCAACUGCAACCAAGUGUUGAUCACCCACCUUGCUGCUGCAGAGUCUCGCUGUGUAAAGCUGGAGCGACAGCUGGAUCACAUGAGGAGGAUGUUACGCAAUGCCAGGACAGAGAGGUCCAGCCUGCUCAAACAGCAGGCCUCCGUGGAGAAAUCAGCCGAUCCCCACGCUGACACAGUGUCUGAGCAUGCUCAGUUAGAGAAACUGGAGCGACUUGAACAGGAGUACCUCAGGCUGACACGCACACAGAACAGUGCUGAGAUGAAGAUUCAUGAGCUGGAGAUGAAACUACAAGAGGAGGAGCACCAGAGAAAGCUGGUCCAGGAUAAGGCCAACCAGCUACAGACAGGUUUGGAGGCCAACAGGAUUUUGCUCAAGUCUGUGUCACCUUGCCUGUCCAACAGACAAUCCAAAGAGAAGAAGUCCAGUUCAAAAAAAUCCUCACCACAGCCACCAUCCUACACACAGCCACACUACAGACUGAGCCUCAGAGAUGUGCCUUUUGUUGCUGGAACGUCGGUAGGCUGCAGCCACUCAGUCAGAGCCAACGUCCAGUCAGUUUUGUCUCUCCUGAAGCAACACCAGCCGCACCUCUGCAACAGCCGUGUCCUCUCUCACAACACAGACAGCUCUCAGUCAGACAGUUCCUCUUCUUCCUCCUCGACUGGUGGCGAUGAACUGUCAGAGCUGCUACAAGCCCUGCAGGACGAGCUGCGACUCAUGAGCUUGGAGCAGGAUGUGUUGAUGAGGCAGCUGGAGGACAGCGUGUUUGAGCAGGAAAGAAAAGAACUUCGGAGGGAGCAGGAGAGGCUGUUGAUGAAAAUGGAGAGGAAAGGAGAGCAGAUCAGUAAGCUCUACAAACACAAAUCCCAGAUAAAAAAGUUAAGAAAGGACGUGAAUUCCAGGCAGAACAGUAGAAAUGAGGUGAGAGUUUGUACCACAGUGUCCACUAGAGGUCGCUCUGCGGGAGCAGUUAAAGUUAGACCAGGAGAGAGAAGCAAGAGGAAUCUGAGGCUGCUGAGGGACAUGAAGGCUCUGCAAACUUCAUUACGGACCUGAAACUCACCGGGACAGUAGAUUCCUCCUGUUGGUGCUACGUACCUCUGGCCAUUUACACUAAAACAGCCACUGAUUGGGAAGAAAAAACUGUGAUACUCAAGCAUCUUCUUCAUCACAUUUGUGACCAUAUGACCUAUGACCCCAUGAGGGGUUUUUUUGGUUUUUGUUAUUUUUAAAAAAAUAUUAUUGGAACAUCUAAAAAGACUGUGUGUUUCGUGUCAGACCUAAGUUUUCUCUACUGAUCAACCCAAAGUAAAUUUUAUCAAAGUUAUGUGCUUUUUUUUUCUAUUAGUCAUCUCAGUGUCUAAUGAGAAUAAAUCCAAAUAUUUUACAGACAAA